AUGCGAUCGGCGUUCGAGUCUACGGGAUACAUUGACCUGCACUACGGAUUUCGGGCAGUUUCCCUUGACGUCCUCACCGACUAUGCGUUUGAUGAUUGUUAUGACUGCUUGGACAAGGAGAACUUUGGCGUUGAGAUAUCCAAGAUGCUUCGUGACAUUGGUCCUACAGUGUGGUUCUUCCAGGAAUUUCCCUCCAUGCGAGAUCUGGCUAUUCAAACUCCAUUCUGGCUCGCCAAAUUGGUGAGCAAGUCACUGUCAAGAAUGAUGCUGUAUCGUGAGCGUUGCAAGCACCAGAUUCUGAAAGUCAAGGAGGCCGUGGAAAGAGGUGAUAAAGUCUCACGAAAGACAGUCUUCCACCAACUGCUUCGACCAGACGACACGGAAGGAUACAAAGUGCCCAGUGUCGAGCAACUCAAUGAUGAUGCCUAUGUCCUCAUUGCCGCCGCAGCUGAUACAACAGGCAACGCAUUGACAAUUGCAGCAUAUAAUGUUGUCUACAAUCCAGAGAUAUAUGAACGUUUGACAGCAGAGUUGAGAGAGAAGUUUCCUGACCCUGAAGCGAAAAUGGACCUUGUGGCCCUUGAGAAAUUACCCUAUUUGACCGCAGUGAUCAAGGAGGGCCUUCGAUUGUCAUUCGGUGUCGUUGGCCGACUUCCACGAACCGUUCCCAAGCCAGGUGCUGAGUUCCAUGGCUAUCAUGUCCCGGAAGGGACUACCGUCAGCAUGAGCUCGUGGAUGGUGCAUCGAAGCGAGGACUUAUUUCCGAACGCAGAGAAGUUUGAUCCGACACGCUGGCAGGAUCCUGCUACACACAACGCCCUCGAAAAGCACCUCUUCUCGUUUGGCAAGGGCCCGCGGCAAUGUGUUGGGAUGCAGUGCAUAUUGACUUGA